CAUGGUUUCUUUGGCUUAUUUUUUAUAUACAUGUUACUUCAGGUAUUGGUUCACUGUACUUUCUGAGCACUCGCCAGACCUUGUUGAUAAGGCUGUGGCAAGUGAAGGUGGAACUGAUGAUGCUAAAAGAAGAGGUGAUGCUUUUGCUCGUGCUUUCUCUGCUCAUUUGGCUAGAUUGAUGGAGGAACCAACUGCUUAUGGGAAGUUGGGAUUGACCAAUCUUUUGUAACCAAGAGAAUAGUGCUUGAGGGAGUUUCAGUUUCAUGAUGCUUAUAGAAGCAUCAAA